AUUUUGGCCGGAGAGAGGCAGGCUGAAACCUCACCAGUUCCGAUUCGAAAUUAGGAAUCUAAGCCCAAUCCUAUUUUUGAAACCUCGCUUCCAGGAAAUGUACAUCCUGUUACAUGCUUCAUACUGUUCAUAUGAAUACAUGUAGUCAUGUACUAUUAUCAUGUUUCAAGAGCUUUAUGUAACAUGCAUCACAGGAAACAAAUUACACUAUACUGUUGACAAAUGGGCAUGAGUUUCAAAAAGACAGAGAGCUUCUAAUUAUAUUGGUUAGAAGACAAUGUCUGGGUUGUCCUGCCUUCAAUGGUGGCUUUCCAAACCCAUAUCCAGUUGAGACUGUAUCAGACCCACUUUCUCUCUCUACACAAAAACUCCAUUUUAUAUAACAGCUUAAAAAUCCAUUUCCGCUUGCGAUUCUUUCAGCCCCACUUCUUCUCUCUACACAAAAACUCCAUUUCAUAUCACAGCUCAAGGAACCAUUUCCACCUGAGAUUGUCUGAGCCCCACUUUCUCUCUCUUCAUGAAAGAUACAAUUUAUAUCAUAGCUCAAGGACCUUCCAAUCUCCCUCGUACGCUUCAAUUCUUCACCAUCUCCGAGAACUAAAGCCUCUGCAACAAGUCCAUGCCAAUAUAGUAACCUCUGGCCAUGGCCAAAAUAUUUUCUUAUCAAAUAGGUUACUCAAUGCCUAUGUAUUAUGUGGAUUCAUUGAAUAUUCUGGUCAUAUUUUUCGGCGAAUGCCACACAAGAAUGUGGUCUCUUAUACAGCCAUGAUCAAUGGAUUCUCAAAAAAUGGUCUUCCCAGUAAUGCUCUUAGAACUUUCUAUGAAAUGAAGCUUGAUGGGGUAGAGCCCAAUGAGGUCACAGUGGUAAGUGUUCUACCGGUUUGUGGUAAAUUGGGUUUGUUUCAAGAAGGUAGAUUGAUUCAUAGUUACUUGAUUCAAUCAGGUUUGAAGGCAAAUGUACUUGUAAAUAGUGCUUUAGUAGACAUGUAUGCGAAAUGUGGCAGUUUGGAAAAUGCACUUCAAGUUUUUGAUAAAAUGAAGGAAAGAAACAUUGUUUCGUGGAAUACAAUGAUAUCCGGGUAUUUGGAUAAUGGUUUUGGGUGGGAAGCUCUAAACUUGUUUAAUGAAAUGAAGAGAGAAGGGGUGAAUGGAGAUGCUGUUACAUGUAUGAGUUUAUUAUGUGCGUGUGAACAUUUGGGAUGUCUAAAGCCAGGAUGCAUUAUUCAUGGCCAGGUAACUAGAAGUGGCUUUGAGUUGGAUAGGCUUGUGGGGACUCGUUUGAUUCAAAUGUAUGUGAAAUGUGGAUCUAUCGAGGAUGCACACCGAGUUUUUGACAACUUGUUUGACAAGGAUGUGGUCUCAUGGACAAUCAUGAUUUUGAGCUUCUCUGAAAAUGGGCAUGGAGACAAAGCUGUAAAACUUUUUUAUGAGAUGCAAGCGAAAAAUGUGCAAUUGGACUCUGUUGCUUUGAUGGGUGUGCUCUCAGUAUGUGGUCAACUGGGGGUUUUAGGCACAGGUGUAGUUGUUCAUGGUUUAAUGGAGAAGACCGGGUUUGGAAGCGAUGUUCGUGUUGGAACCGCAAUUAUAGAUAUGUAUGCAAAAUGUGGUAGUUUGGAUUGUGCGCGCAAAUUCUUCAAUGGGAUGUUUGACCGGGAUGUUGUCUCUUGGAAUGCAAUGAUAGUAGCAAAUGGGAUAAAUGGCCAUGGUGAUGAUGCAAUUGAUCUUUUAACGCAGAUGGAGCACGUAGAUUUGCGACCAAAUGAGUCGACUUUGGUGUGUGUCUUGUGUGCAUGUAGUCAUGCCGGAUUGGUAGAUCAUGGGCUCCAAAUAUUCAACAGGCUGAUCAGACAGUUUAGCAUGGUGCCUAAUUCUCAACAUUAUGCUUGUGUUAUUGAUCUUCUGGGCCGUGCUGGGCGUCUGGAUGAGGCAUACUCGUUUAUAAAGAAUAUGCCUAUGGCCCCAGAUGCGGGAAUUUUGGGGGCCUUGCUUGGUGCUUGUAGACUACAUCGUAACAUUGGAUUAGGAGUUCUGGUGGCCAAAGAACUUUUUGAGUUGAACCCAAAGGAUGCUGGUUAUUAUGUUCUUUUGUCUAAUAUGUAUGCCAUGGCUGGACUGUGGGAUGGUGUGUCGGAAACUCGAGUGCUGCUAAGAUCAAAGGGUUUGAAGAAGACCCCUGGAUGUAGUUUAAUUGAGAUAGAUGGGGAGGUUCAUGCAUUCAUUGUGGGGAAUACAGAUCAUCCUGAAAUUGAUGAAAUAUACAAGAUGCUCAAGCAUUUAAUCUUGGAGAUUCAAGUGGUUGGCUAUGUGCCUGACACUAAGUUUGUGGUCCAAGAUGUGCCAAAUGAUGUCAAAGAAGAAAUAUUGUGUCAUCACAGCGAGAAGCUAGCCAUUGCUUUUGGGUUAUUGAGAACUCCACCUGGAACAACUAUACGAAUCACAAAGAACCUUCGUAUCUGUGAUGAUUGUCACACGGCUAGCAAGUUCAUCUCUAAAGUUGUUGGGCGAAUUAUCAUUAUGCGGGAUGCAAAGCGAUUCCAUCAUUUCCGAGAUGGUCGAUGUUCUUGUGGAGAUUAUUGGUGACUCCAGGAAAACAGAACAACUUUUCACAGAACUCCUUAGUGUGGGGUUUCCUCGUAUUGCGAAGUCUAUAAUCUUUUGGGUGGUGGCUUGCUUUAACAAAAUUCUUAUCGUUGAUCACCUUUAACAUAGGUGAUCACCUUUACCAUAAGGGAUUACCCAUCCAAUAUAUAUGUGCUUUAUGUGCAAGGGAAACAGCAGAGGCUGAACCCCAUGUUUGCAUUGUCGAAUCUGUGAUUUGGUCCGCCUUUGCUAAUGUGUCCUUUGGACUUCUUUGGAAAUUGGCUGGAUUUGACAAAGGCCUUUUAACAAGUGGUGUGGUGUGAUGUCAUUGUGGUUGCCUCAAAAAAAUGUGCUUUUCCAUGUUGAGGACUGGGUCAUUUGGAGAAAAAGGAAUACAAAAGGUUUUCAUGACACAUCUAUUAGCUUCCCCAGCCGAAAAGAAUAGAUAGGGCACCAUUUCUUGUUAAGGGUAGAAUGUCGGGGCAUCUUGGCUACCAAUCUCGGCUGCAUUUUGUCCCCAAUCAAUUGGUCUCAAUUCUGAAUCACCUUCCCCCACCAUCUUAAAAUUCUUUUUUUUGGACGUCACUGAGAAAAGAAUGAAGUUGCCACUCUCUGGGAUAGACUGAUGAAAUUGCUACUCUCUUGUAAGGUGUUAAUGACAUACUCAAAGUUGUCUGAUGUCCGCAUAUCAACACAUUUCGCCAUAUUGACACACAUGACACUCCUAGACAGGGGAGAAGGGGCCGGGUGGGUUGGGGGAGGGACAUUUGUAUGAACAGUGUUCAAUGGGAGAGGGGCACUGUAGACACAAUGUCCCAGCUUGUGUAGGUGAAACAUGCUCCAAUAAAAAUUGAACCCUGGCAUGAAAUUGCCACUGUCUUGUUAAGGAGGAGUCUUUUAUGCUCCUCUCUCCUAACCAUGGACAACGAGUGUCCCUCUUCCUUGUGAGAUGCUAACCAGACACUUCAAAAUUGCCUUAGUUAUGUACUUCAAAAUU